CUUGUAUUGGUUUACUUGUGUGUUUUCCUCCGAACCCUUCUGGCUUGAGUGGAUAUAAAUUGAGUGUUUGAUAUUGACGUGUUGUCGUCUGAAGGAGGGUCAUCGUAACACAUUGACACCUUUCUAAUAGUUGUGUUAUCAACGGUCACUAAACAUGGAUGCAAUGCCGAACUCAACAACCGAUGACUCCAGUGAGAUCUUCGCUAGGGUAACUUGGGACUGGUUUUCGAUCGUCAAGGUUACCCUAGCCAUCUUCGGUAUCCUAGGCAAUGCUCUCGUCAUUGUAGUCUACAUCAAGAAACUCCGUAACAGUAACUCCAACCAGCUGAUCGCAAUCUUAGCCAUAGCUGAUCUUCUAACAUCUGUAGCCACCAUCCCAAAACCUUCUCUACUAGUGGUACCAAACACCGCAGCAGGGAAAGCUUACUGUAAGAUCAUUGAAUCUGAUGUCAUUAUGUGGAUAUCAAUAGUGGCUUCCAUAUUCACACUAACUCUCCUAUCCCUAGAGAGAUACUUUGCAGUGGUACGACCUCUCAAGCAUCGGAGUGCAUUUAACAAGGCUCGCUUGAGAUAUUAUGUAGUAAGUGUUUGGAUCUCGGCUCUUGCUCUUAACGUUGCAAGUUUUUACGUUACCCAUGUGAGUGAUGAUAACGCGUGUGUACUCAUAUGGCCCAGCCCUGCUUUCCAGCGUUUCUACGGUGUGACUCUAUUUAUCGUGGAGUUUAUGAUACCAGUAGCAGUGAUGGUGGUAUCUCACUUCCACGCCAUUAGAGAGUUGAAGAAACAAGCUGAUGCACUCCUUGCCCGGAACGAAUCGCAGUCCUCACCAGCUUUCUCGUUGCUCCGGUCCCGUCGCCUUGUGAUCCGGAUGGUCCUGAUUGUCGUCAUUACAUUUAUCGUGUGCUGGGCUCCGGAUCAAAUCGGAUUCCUAGUUCUCAAUCUGGGCGGAUUAUCGCCCAGUUACUUUGGGAGUUUAACCUACCGUUGUCUUACCGUCUUGGCCUUCAUAAACUCUUGCGCGAAUCCGAUCAUCUAUAUCUGUCUUAACAAGAACUUCCGGGCCGGAGUGGUCAAGCUUAACCCCUGUAGUGCCCGGGGGAAAGUCGGAGUAUCGUCUGAAGAGGGGACCGCAACGAUUCGACUACCUGGCGGUCCUCCUACAGGAUAAUACGUCAGAUUGAACGCAGGGUUUGCCUUUAACUUUGUCAGUGACGGAACCAGAUAGGAAUUAACUAUAAACUUGCAGGUACAACCAUGUGUAAAUCUAUCUUGUAUGCGUGUUGGCUCUCAAAAGAGUGGGUGUGGUGUUGGCGUUUCGAACAGUAUGCAUAAUAUGCCUACUCUGCUCAUCUUCAGAAGACUGUU